CGACGACGACUUCGAUUAGGGAACGAAUCGAGGAGGUUCAUUUGCCCGGUCCGGAAACUUUGGGAUCGGAUCCAACGAACUCGUACAGUUUUUUUCGGGCACAGAGUCAUGAAGCGACGUUUGGACUGGAGCAUCUAUGAGGUUCGGCCAAUCAGCUUUAUAUUCAGUAUGAUGACCAACUAAGCCUGAUUCUGAAACCACUAUUUCAGGGGCUUGGUCAUAUCUUUGUGGGAUCCGUCAGGAUGGUUUCUCUAGAUUCAGACAAGUUCAAGUUAUUCCCAAAAAGAGAUCCUCUAUCUUAAUUGGUCAAUGAGGCUGAUUUGGACCAAUCCUGUUCCUAAUCCAAAAUUUCCUGUGGCCUAUCUUGGAGAAAAUGUUUGGGAUGACUUUGCUAAGGGUGACGAUCAUGUAGUGUCUGCUGAAAAUCGUGAAGUUCCAGAUCUAUCAGCGAUUCUGUUUGAUAACAACAAGAAGUCACGACACGAGCCAGAUUUUGAAAAGAGCAACUACGCUGCUGAUAAUCUAAUCCCCGGUGGGCACGAUCACAACUCUGUCUUGAAAGAUCUCACUUUCCAUGAGUGGCCUGAUAUUGACAAUUUUGAGGAUGUUGAGAGAAUGUUCAGAAAUUGUGAUUCUACAUUUGGACAAAGUCAUGUAAGUUGUGUUGGUGGGAUAUCGUGGUUGGCAUCUUCAUCUAAUACUGUUGAUGGUUCUGGAGCUUCUAACCUAGCAGCCUUAUCGUCAUCAUGUCCAGAGCUGGGUUUGCCGAAUGAUACAUUGGAAGAGAGUUAUGCAAAGACCAUGUGUUUUCCUAAAUUUGAUCCAUCAGCUACUGAUGCUACAUCAGCUAGUGUUGAUUGUCACUCUAACAGUGGUUGCCUGGGGAAUGAUGCAGAAGUUGAGGGCAUAUCCAUGUCCAAAGAACAGAUUAAAAGUCAAUACUCAUCGGAGGAUGAUGCAAUGCAAAGAUGCUUAAAUCAGAUGGUUCCAACCUCAGCUGUUACCACUCAUACAGAUUCUUUUCAGUACUUUCCAGAGCGAAACCGUUUCUUUGGAUGCCCUUCUAGUAGUUACUUGAACAAUUUCAAUUCUCAUGCCCAAGUGGAUUACAGCUUUCCUGCAGAUCGGAUCCCACAAACACAAUCAACAUCAUCAAGUGUCAAUUUUGAGAAUGAGACUCAUCAUAUGACAUCAUUUGAGCAUUUCCCAUAUCAAUCAUCAACGCCUCCAGCAAUGCCACUAGAUCUCAGGAUGGAAAAGCUACCAGAAAAGCAGUCAUAUACUCCAGUACUUAUGGAACACUGCCAUCACGAUGCAGUCAGAAAUAAAUCUUCAGUUCUGAAGAAUAAAUCUCUACAUGCUACAGCAAGUGAGAGUUCACAAGAACUUGAUAGUGUUCCAAUAGCUGGGAGAAAAUCUACAAUAGGACAACAAAACUCUUUAGUGAGAUCUGUUUCUUCGGAUGACAUCUCAGCAGAAGCAAUGAGUUUCCAGCAGCUUUGGCAUGUUAUGGAUCAGUUGGAUGAUGGAACUAAGUGCUGCAUCAGAGAUAGUCUAUACCGUUUAGCAAGGAGUACCAUACCAAGAAAUGUUCUUGAUAGAAGCAAUAGUUGCCGCGGAAGUAUGGACGAGAGUAAAAUUCUGGGUGCAGCAGUAUGGCCUAGCAGAUGUGCAGAAAUUAAGGUGGAAACUGCAACAAAUCCAAUAGACCGAUCUGUAGCUCAUCUACUAUUCCAGAGGCCUCCAGUAUCAUUCAAAUCUCUGAUUAAGAGUUAAAAACCUUUUCUAUUUUAUAUCUAACAAAGGCGAAAGUCAGUUGGGACAGUUGUAGAAGAAUCAGCUUACGGGACCAAGUAGGUUAGUCGUGCAGCCACAGCUUUGCAAUGCAUGGGGUAUCGUAUCAUCUCGUCUCCAGUGUAUAAAAUGUGAGUUUUGGUCGCUCAACGCGUGCAGCCGCAGCUUGCAAUGCAUGAGGAUAUGUCAUCUCCCGCAGGCGCAUGAAAGAGUUUUUCAGUGCCAUAAUCCGUGGAACACAAUCCCUGCAGACUUUCUCAUACUCAUACUGCCUGUUUUACCUUUGUAUGGUGAUUAUAUUUACUUUAAAACUGUGAUCCUUAAAGACAAAAAAAUAAAGAAAUCAACCGGCUAGUUUGCCAGGAACAAA